AUGAUUCUUUUCGCUAUGCUCAGUGGAGGUGACUAUCUACCAUCUGGUGUUCCGAAAUGCGGCAGUAAGCUCGCUGCACAGAUUGCCAAGGCUGGAUUUGGCGAGGAUCUUCUGCAGGGGCUUGCGUCGCAAGCAGACGUGGAUACAGGUUUGAAUGAGUGGAGAGAGAGACUUCAGUAUGAACUUGAGGAGAAUGAGAGUGGCUACUUUACGAGGAAACACCCAUCAGUUCGAAUUCCUGACAUCUUCCCGGAUCGACAAAUUCUCGAGUACUACGCUCAACCCAAGGUUUCCGGCGAUGAAGAGAUGGCUUUUCUGAGAACUCGUCUCGCACAGGCUUGGGACAAUGAUAUUGACCCCCAGGCAAUCCGAGCAUUUGCCGCGGACCAUUUUGAAUGGAAUUAUCGAUCAGGGGCAAGGAAAUUGAUCAAACUGCUGGCUGAGCCUCUCGUCUCGUAUAGACUUCGUCUUCGGAGGCCAGUUUUAGGCGUAUCGCCUGGUUUUUCAUAUGUGCCCGAUUGCCCAAUCGGUCUGCAAAAGGUGUUCCGAAGCCGGUCAAGCUUUGGCACUGAUGGAAUUCCAGAACUACAGCUAGAUAUGCUGCCCGCAGAUGUUGUUGGGCUGGAUCUCCUUGCCGAAGAACCAAACCCGCCGUUUCCGUCCGAAACUAGUGCACAGGAAGGUGAGGAAGAGGAAGACAAAGAGCUGGCUGCUGAAUCGGCACCCCCUGCACCAUCGAAGUCACGGGUAACAAAACGGUUUGAUCCGUUCUCUCUUGAAAAGGUCUGGGUAUUCGAGACUGUCGCAAAAUUAGGUAUUCCUGAAGUCGUCAAAAAUUGGGACAAAGAACAGACUGAAAAAGCGGCGAAAGCUGAAGAAGCUGCAGCGAAAAAGAAGACCAGUACUCGACGCACCGGUCCCAAGAAAAAAGGACCAAUUGAUGCUGGAAUGAAACGGGGGAGUAUCUUGAAAUAUGGAACUCUCACGAAAGAAAAAUCCGGACUGUCAACAACUAAAAAAACGCACUUGCUGGAUGCCGUUGCCUCAACCCAGAAUCCUCUUAGCCGGCUUGUUGCCGGUGCUGCGUCUUCUUCACCAACCAUCAUGGACCGGGAAGACGAUUUGUUUUCCUCAUCGAGCACAUAUCUUCAGCAGAGAGCCUCACCGACAAUGCACUACGUUUCCCGGGAGGUCGAUGAUCUCCUUGAUUCAUUCUCUUCGAUGUGUAACUUGUCUCCUUCCGCCAAUAUCAAACGUCAUCCCGUCUCAGAUCAGUCCCGCAUCAGAUCAAGGCGCACAGCUUUGGGAACCGGUGUGGUUGAUUUUGAAGAAUCGGACGCAAUUGCUAUAAGCACCGAUUGUUUUCCAUCUCUCCCAGCAAGGUGCAUGGGGCUCAAAAUCAGCUACUCGGUCCCCGACGUUUGUGAAUCUGAAACUUUCCUAGAGGACUUUCUAGUCAGCACACCAAUGGCGCUGCCUUCUCCGCCCAUAAAAUCUCUAUCAGAGUCAAAGAGGACUCCCAAGGUGCAGUGUAAGGAAAAGGGAGAGGUUGAACACAUUGAAAAAGCCAUCGAAUCUCUUUCCCUGUCCUCGAAAACGGAAAAAGGCCAGUCUGAAGACACCACAGCUCGUUCAUUGCGUCAGCCCCCAACGAAGAGGGCACCGCCAGCAACAAAAGCUCGGUCUCGUUCCUCCAAGGUCGAAGAUGUCAAAUCACCCCGAUCUUGCAGUCAGGCCAAUUCCAACCCCCAACUUGAGCCGGAGCUUGCAUUGCCAUUGAGCUUGAAAACGUGCAAAAAUAAUGAGACCAACGACGUAAAGUUUCCCAAGAAGUCCUCAAAGUCUUUGAAGGAGACAACGAGCACAACUUCGAAGAACACGACCACGGGGCACUUGGAAAACAUUAUCCUGCACGAUGGUUUUUGGUCAAUCGACCCUUCUCCGCCUGAACAAGAGUCGUGCGAAGGCUCAACUGCCGAUAGCUUGAGCACAGCGCACAGACAGGCUACCAAGAAGAAAAGAAUCCCACGUGUCAGCAUUCUUGACCUCGUUUGA